UUGCAGUAGCAUCAAAAAGACACAAACCAACUCACAAUGAUGAAAAUUAUCGUCCUCGUCUCUGCGCUGGUCGCCAUUGUUGCCGCCAAGCCAUCACUAGUCAGCGCCCCAAUCAUCGCCGCUCCAGCACCUGUAGUGACUGCGACCAGUUCUCAAUACUACCACCGCAUCAACAACGGUUUAGCGGCAUACUACGCCGCUCCGGCUGCAUACGUCGCUGCGUCUCCUUAUGUAGCUGCAGCUUCUCCUUAUGUAGCUGCAGCUUCUCCUUAUGUAGCCGCCGCUUCUCCUUACGUCGCUGCCCCAGCGGUUAUAUUAUUAUCGAUAACAUGCGGUAUAGUAAAAAGCUCUGGAUUUCAUCCGGUUGCUCCAGCUGGUGGAGCGCCGGUAGUUACAGCUGCAAGUUCACAAUAUUUUGAAAGAACAUUUAAUCGCCUUUUCGCAGCACCAUUACAACCCUUUAUUCCUGUAGCACCAGCGCCAGCUAUUCCAGUAGCACCAGCGCCACAGCCUAUUAUACCAGUUCUACCUCUCCCUCCUGCUCGACCGGUUAUUGUAGAUGCGUCCAGAAACACACCUUCGAUUAAUCCAACUAAUCCACCACCAUCACAAAGUGCUCCUUUGGAUCCAAAUGUGGCUAUCGCUGUUGCAACUGCUCAUGCUGCAGCUCCCGUUGCAACUAUUCUUCUGCCACCUUAUCCAUUUGGAUUACCACCCUCAUUCGGAUUUAUACCACAAUCACCACAAGCUCCGACACAGCCGUCAGACAAUUCUAAAAUCAACAGAGAGUCAACGACAACAAGAACAACUUCAACCCAAGUAACAACAACCGAAAGAGAGAAAGAAGCUACAACACCGGUACCAUCAAAUAUAGACAAUAGUUUUGCGCAGGCUUUACCUUCGAACCAGAAUGUGAAUUUCAAACAAUAUUUGGCACCAGCACCUGCGUCGAGACCGUUAACGAAUCUGAGACCUCAAAAGGUCAAAACCAAUGUAGAAGUGGUGCCUGUGCCACUAGCGUAUAUUGCUCCACCACCGCUUGAUCUACAUCACCAUCAUCACCACCAACAUCACCACCAUCACCAUCAAAAUCAAGCGCUUAAAGUCGUUCCGCAUAUUCAUACAUUCAUACCAAAGACAAGAAUAAUAAUCAGACCUGUCACGUCGCCUUUACGAGUAAGAACAGUUACAAUUCCGACAGGAUUUGCUACGUAUGGACCACCAAAGUUGGUUAAAAAAGUGGUGAAAAGGUACCCUCAAAAUAUAAGAUCACGAUCACGAGAUACUGAACCUACUACAUUUCGUCCUCUGAAUGUGCCUCUUACUAAACCACCCAGGAAUAUAAUUAUUAUAGUUUGUUAUAGUUUAGUAAUAUCUACCGUUGCCAAGCCUAGCCUGGCUCCAGCUGCUCUAGUGGCUCCAGCUCCUCUGGUUGCUGCGCCUGCACCUAUCGUCACCGCCUCUAGUUCUCAAUAUAUCUCAAGAAAUUACAAUGGGUUUGCUGCUCCAUUAGUCGCCUCUGCCCCUGUGGUUGCUUCUCCAUACGCAUAUGCUGCUCCAUACUACGCACCCGCAGCCAGAAUUGUAGCUCCUGCAGCGCCUUAUGUAGCAGCUGCAUCACCAUACUACGCAGCUUCUGCGCCUUUGAUUGCCCUUAAUCGUCACGCAUCCAAAAAUAUGUCUUUCCUCAGAUUAGUCGUUUCCGCUAUUGCUGUUAUAGCUACCUGUGAAGCUAGCGGUCUUGGACACUUCAUACCGGCGAUAAAAUCAAUACCAAUAGUGCGUUAUGCUCCAUUUUAUAGUUUCCCACAUGGAGUUCGCUCAAUACAUGCAGUUGCUCCAGUAGUCCGAGCCAUUGCUCCAGCAGUUCCUGCACCAAUUUUACCAGCUCCAGCACCUAUACUUCCUGCACCAGCUCCUUUAUAUCCAGCAACAGCUCAUGCAUUCCCUGCACCUACACCCGUAUUCCGAGCUCCAGCUCCUGUAUUCCCAGCUCCUGCACCGAUUUUUAGAGCGCCAUUAUAUCCUGCUCCUGUACCAGCACCAGUAUUGGCACCUGCGCCAGCAGUUGCUCCGGCCCCUAUUUAUCCCGCAUACCCUAGAUUUGCUCCUGUUCCCGCUUUACCAGCAGCUCCAAUAUAUCCCAGAGUUUUACCAGCGUUUCCAUCAGUACCUUUCUCACCUAUUGUGAGGCCCGUAGCUCCAACGGUAUUACAGGCACCAGCUCCAAUUUUCGCUCAAGCGCCAUUAGCUUUUACAAAAGCUUAUCCAGUUCCCGCACACUUACACCCAGCUCCAUUAGAAAAACAUCUGGCAUGGAAAUGA